AUGCAAUCCAAAUACACCUAGUUAGAAACGCUAGUUUGCCUUUCAAUAUUAUUGAUUUUAGCUCAAUGCUAAAAUUUGAAUGGUAAAAGAAAUAUGUACAAAUUACUAUCUUCUAGUAAUAUUGAAGAGGCCAUGUAAGAAUUGUGUCCCUUCCCUGGUUAUCAUGGUACCUAUUGUCCUUAAGAAAACGUUGCUUUUGCUUCCUAUAAGAGAAAUCUAUAAUCUGGAAUCCCUAAAAUGCCUUCAGGUAUUGGUGCUUCCUUCGAUAUUUCUACAGGUGAACUCAAGCUCCCAGCUAUCUAACUCACUUAUUAAUCUGAACCCAGCUAAGAAUAAAUUUAUACUGACCCUCUUUCUAGUCGUCAAUUUAUUGUUGCUGAUGAAACAUCAAUAGAAUAGGUUAAUUUAGAUGCUGAUAUCAGAGUUUUCAAAAAUGAAUUUGAACUUACUAAUAUCUGGCUUGACGCUACUCAAAAUGGAUAAUGGCUUGGAGGUGAAUACAGUUAAUCUAAAGAUUUAAAUGAUGUCUACACUAGAUUCUUCACAAAUAACUAAUAAACAUCUAUUGCCUAACAAUCUAAAAAUGUCAUCAGAAUGACUUUCAAGACUGAUAGCUUGAAGCUCAAUAGAUUCGCUCAAAGAGCAAUUGACGCUUUACCAGAAGAUUACUAAGUUGAUGUUUACAAUGAGUUCUUAAAUGCUUGGGGAACUCAUAUUUCUGUUGAUACUUUUGUUGGAGGUAUGAUUGAAAAAUAAACAGUGUUUAAAGAUUGCGUUUUCUUCACUCCUUAAUUUACUGGUGGUUACUCAGCUGAACAAGUAAAUGAAGCUUUAAGAAAUGAAUUGUAGGGUAAUCCAGCUGAAGGUUUUUUCACUGCUAGAAGAUAGGUAACUUUGGAUCAUAAAUUUGGUGGUAAUCCAGAAGAUGUUGCUAAUUGGGAAUAGACAAUCAGCUAAAAUCCUGCGUUGUUAAAAAUUAAUAGAUUCUUAUCUUGGGAUAACAUGGCUGCAAAUCCUUAAGUUAAGGCAAAUUUAUAACAAGCUAUUAAUAAUAGAAUCGAAUCAAUGAGACAAAGGCAGUAGAGCUAUUAGGACUAAGUAAGAGAAUAAAGAAGAGUUGAAAGAAUAUAACCUAGAACUGCUUGGGCUGUAGGAGGAAAUGGUUAUUCUGCAGGAGCUCACCCUCUACCUGCAAUGAUCAGUAUUACAAGAUAAUUUGAAAUGAAACAUGCUGAUUCAUGUCCUGUUGGAGCAGAUAGAACAUAUGCUGAACAAUUCUGUGUAUCUGGUCUCGUUCAUUCACCAUAUGAUUUGUUUAAAGAAGUAAGAUACGAAAGAGAUUAAUAAGGUAAUUAUAGAUCUAUUAUGUAUAAUUUAUUUGCUGAUGUUACAGGAGGCCCUAAAGAAUUUGUUGGAGAUUUUGUUGAUAGAGGAUGUAGUAUUGCUUAAUAUUUUGAGGAUACCAAAUACACUGAUUUUAAUUUACCUCCUCCUAACGAAACUAUGUUCAAAUUAGUUUGUACUGAUUGUAUUCCUAGUGUUUAUAACAGUCCUUAAGGAUAAAUAUUGUAAUGUAGUUGCCCUGCUUUUUGA